UCAAAGCUAAAGUAGGAUCGCAGAAAAUUAAUUGUCACCUCGAACCAGGAUUUCUCGGACUAUCAAUGUAUACUGAUAAGCUCCUCAAGAAAAUAGGUGGUAAAAUUAGCAGAAAAUUAACACUCGAAGAAAAAGAUAGCAAAUUCAUCAGAGAAGAAGCCACAGCUCCACUUGGAUUGGCCGUAAUCCCACUUACAUUUACAUCUAAUAUAAAAGAUAAUAUCCGUCUUAAUAAUAAAAAAUCUAUCACGAUUCCAACCGAAGUACUGGUUGAUAGAUAUAACUCUACAUUACCUAAUUAUAUAAUGCUUGGUAAUAAUUGGUUCUAUGGACGCAAAUAUGAUGAUGAUGAGCUCCAGACUUAUAUACCAGAAAUAGUGACCGAUGCAGAAGAUGCCUGGGUAAGAACAACUUUGCGUAUUAAAAACCUAACUGAGAAGAAAGGGGAGAGA